AUGUCGCUGUUUUCAACGCCAGCCCUUAAUAAUUAUCUAUCGACUGCCACGACGUUUAUUACGAAGUCUUUAGAAACAAAAGUAUUCGAUGACGGCGGUUCAAAGAGCACCUUUAUUGGUAUGAAGGCACCGUUAAUUGGACGUUAUGGUUUAACAAUUAGUUCAGGUGGUACAAUAAAUAUUGGUCGAUUUAAAGAUCCACGACAAAAUUUACGUGAUUCACGUGAUAAUAAAGUUGUUGUACCACCAGAUUUUGGAAUUACACCGGCAAAACCAAUCCCAGCUACACGUGGCGGUGGUUUGGCCUCUGCAGCUUUAUCGUAUGAUCAACUCAAAAGUCAACUGUUACAAAGUCGAACAUUGUUCGAAGAUCCAGAGUUUCCAGCCACUGAUAGCAGUUUAUACUUUAGUCAAAAACCACCAAGACAAAUACAAUGGUUACGUCCACAUGAAAUAUGUUCAAAUCCCGAGUUUAUUACUGGUGGUGCAACAAGAUUCGAUGUUCGUCAAGGUGAACUAGGUGAUUGUUGGUUAUUGGCAGCUAUUGCAUGUUUAUCAAUGCAUAAAAAUCUAUUUGAACAAGUUGUAUCAAUUGAUCAAAGUUUUACUAAAGAAUACUGUGGUCUAUUUCGUUUUCAUUUUUGGCAUUAUGGUGAAUGGAAAGAGGUUGUAGUCGAUGAUCGUCUACCAACACAUCGUGGUUCACUUGUCUAUAUACACUCAACUGAAAAGAAUGAAUUUUGGUCUGCUUUGUUAGAAAAAGCAUAUGCAAAAUUAUGCGGUUCAUAUGAAGCAUUGAAAGGUGGUACAACAAGUGAAGCAUUAGAAGAUUUCACUGGUGGGAUAGCUGAAAUGUUUGAUUUAAAGAAAGAUACUCGACCAGAUCUACUGUCACUGAUGUUAAAAAGUCAAGAAUUGUGCUCAUUAAUGGCGUGUUCAAUUCAAGCUGAUCCAAGUCAAUUUGAAGCUAGACUACCGAAUGGUUUAAUUAUGGGUCAUGCUUAUUCAGUGACAUCCGUGAAAAUGUUGGAUAUUUCACUACCAGAUAAAAGUGGUAAAAUCCCGCUAGUUCGUGUACGUAAUCCAUGGGGUGAUGAAUCAGAAUGGAAAGGUGCAUGGAGUGAUAAAUCAAGAGAAUGGUCACUUAUACCACCGGAACAAAGACAACAACUUGGUUUAACAUUUGAAGAUGAUGGAGAAUUUUGGAUGUCUUAUCAAGAUUUUACAUCAAAUUUUGAAAAACUUGAAAUAUGUCAUCUUGGACCACAAUCAAUGGGAGAUGCUGCUAAGGGGAAAAAUCGUGUAUGGGAAAUGUGUAUUGAAGAGGGAUCUUGGCAACGUCGUGUUACAGCUGGUGGAUGCCGAAAUUUUCUUGAUACAUUUUGGACAAAUCCCCAGUAUGUAGUAUCUGUUGAAGAUCCAGAUGAAAAUGAUGAGGAAAAUAAAGGCACAUUAAUUGUUGGUCUAAUGCAAAAGGAUAGAAGGAAGAUGAGACGUGAAGGUAGCGAUUUACUGACUAUUGGCUAUGCUGUUUAUAAGAUACCUGAACAACACCAAGGUACAUUGGAUAUGAAAUUUUUCAAAUACAAUGCAUCAACUGCACGUUCACCAGCAUUUAUUAAUCUACGUGAAGUAUGCGGUCGGCAUAGAUUAGAUCCUGGUCGUUAUGUAAUUGUUCCAUCAACAUUUCAACCAAAUGAAGAAGCAGAUUUUAUUCUACGUAUCUUUUCCGAGAAGCCAAGAACAACACAGGAAUUGGAUGAAGAGACGGGAGAAACUCAACCAACACUCCGUUUGGAUGAUAGUGCAACUGUGAAACCAUUGACAGAUGUACAAGUUGAAGCAUUACAACGUGCAUUUAAUAAAGUUGCUGGUGAUGACGGGGAAAUUGAUGCUGAUGAAUUACGUGAUAUAUUGAAUUGUGCAUUUACACGAGACUUCACUUUUGAUGGAUUCAGUUUGGAAUCUUGCCGAAGUAUGAUUGCUAUGAUGGAUUUCGAUCGAUCUGGCAUGUUAAGUUUCGGUGAAUUCCGAAAGUUAUGGGAUCUUUUACGUGUAUGGAAGUCUGCAUUUAGACAAUUUGAUGCAGAUAAAAGUGGUUCAAUGAAUUCAAUUGAAUUAAGAAAUGCACUGAAACAUGUUGGUUUCUCGAUUAAUAAUGCAAUAUUCGCUACACUGGUUAUGCGUUUUGCACGUCGUGAUGGAAGUAUACCAUUCGAUAGUUAUGUGAUAUGUUGUGCACGACUUCAAACAUUAUUUGAAGUUUUCAAGGCAACACCGAAAAAUGAACAAUCUCAGGCAUUGUUUAGUGAAAGUGAGUUUGUCAACACUGUCCUCUACAUGUGA